AUGGCGACGCCCUCAGAUCCUCAGGCCGCUCCCCCGGCAGACAACACUACACAGGAAAACGGCACCACCCAGAAAAACGACACUGCACAAGCAAACGCCGGCCCUGAGAACUCCAGUGACGAAGAAUUCACCAUGCCUCUAAUCACGAAUGGACGUCCAUUUGAGGAUGCCUAUACCAAGGCAUUCAACAACAACAGUCUAUGGCGACGAUCUCUCGCCGAAACAGAACCUGAACUAUUCGAGUCCCUUGGAAAAGGCCAAUCCCCUCAGAUUCUCUGGAUUGGCUGUGCCGACUCCCGAUGCCCGGAGACCACCAUCCUAGGCCUACAGCCGGGUGAGAUCUUCUGUCACCGCAACAUCGCCAACAUUCUGGUCAACACAGACAUCAAUUCUCUGUCCGUCAUUCAGUAUGCCGUUCAGUAUCUCAAGGUUAAGCACAUUAUCAUCUGUGGUCAUACCUCAUGUGGUGGUAUUGCCGCCGCACUAGGGAACAAGAAACUUGGCCUCAUCGACACCUGGCUGAUGCCUUUGCGGGCACUCAGACAGGAGAACCUGUCCCUUUUGGACACCCUGAAUGAGACGGAGAAGGGUAUCAAGAUGGUCGAGCUGAAUGUCCGCGCCGGCGUCAAAGUUCUCCACUCCAAUCCUAUUGUUAUCGAUGCCAUGAGCGAGCGCGGCCUUCAGGUCCAUGGCCUCAUAUACAAUGUCGGUACCGGAGAAUUGCGAGAGUUGGACAUCGAGGAGGAGGAAGAAAUCGUCAAGAGCCGCAUUGUGUCCUUCAAAACAGAGGACUAG